AUGUCAAGCAUCAAUUCACUCAAGAGGAAGGCAUCGUCCUCCAAGCUGGCGUCCAAGAAGCGAAUACCUGUUCAGCAGCCCUCCCCUUCUCCUUCCGACCUUGACGAGGACUUUGAAGAUCUCGAGGAUGGGCCUGGAGCAGACGAUGUCGAAGAAGCUGGUGGGAUCUACGACGAUCCGAUGAUAGAUCGACAAAGCUCGGAUGAUGAUUCGGGUGACUCCGAGCAGGGUGAAGACGAAGACGAGGACGAGGAAGACGGAUCCACUUCCAAAGCAGGACCUUCGCGAUCGACCAAUUCCUCCGGCAAGCAUCUAUACAAAGCGCCUACGCUAGAAGAGAUGGAGAAGCUCAAAGCAGUUGAACAAUCAGGAGGGACGACCUUCUCUUUACAACUUUCAGCGUUACUCGAAUCAACCCUGUUACCUCUUACCCCUCAAGCCAAUCUGAAAGCUCUGUUAUCUACUCUCCAUUCCACAAUACUCUCUUUGCCAUCUUUACCGCCCUUACCACCCACUAAAGCAAUCAAGAGACUAGGUAAAGAGGUGAAAGUACCUUUUGUAGGUGGACCCCAGUGGGACCCAACUAAGAACGAAGUGAAAUGGCAACUUGGCUGGGAUAAGCCUGAAGAGAUUAUCGUAGGCGGGAGCUGGGGGGUGGUAGGUGGAUACAGGCAAGGGAAAGGGGAUGCUGGGAAUAUAGAUCUGGUGGUUGUCAUUCCUUCGACCAUGUUCAGCCCCAAGGAUAGGAUGGACUAUAGGUAUUUCUAUAAACGAUCACACUAUCUCGCCGUGAUCUACGCUGCGAUCCAGAAGCUAGCCAAAGAAGAUGGACCAUUGAGAGGUGUACAAGUGUCUUGGGAGACCGCGAUGGGUGAUGCGAGAAGACCAAUAGUCAGAAUCUCAGCUGGUAAAGAACAAGGUCUAAAACAUCAACUUGAUAUUCGUAUCCACGCCUCGAUCCUCCCAACUGUAUUCCCAAUAUCCACUCUUUCGCCAACCAAAUCUCUCCUCCGAUCUGAGCAACCCACCCCUCUAUACUCAAGCUCAAUGCUCAACGACACUCUUCACAAACCGCACUUACUCCAUUUACACAGACUAUCCCAACUUCUCUCACCAGCAAGAACGGUCGAUUCGUUUUUGGCUAUAUGGAGGAUAUGGUGCAGUCGACGUGGAAUACGGAGAGAAAGAGGUGCAUCAGCUUGGUUUGCCAGUAUGCUUCUGGGUUGGGUGGUAGGUGGAGGUGAAGUUGGGGGAGUGGGCGGUGUGAGAGAGAAGGUGAAAAAGGUUAGAGGCGUAGGGAGAGGGUUGGGUCAUUGGGGUGCGAUCAGAGCCGCUUGGGAAUUCCUGGCUCAUACCGACUUUACCCAAACCCCAAUAUUCAUCAACACCUCUUCCGAGGAUACCAUCGCUCAUGCCGAGUUCACCAAAUCGUUUGAUCACGAUGUAUUCGUUGACCCGACGGGUCGAGUCAACAUAUUCGCAGGAUGGGAACGAGGUGAUGUACAAAUACUGAGGCAUCAUGCCAGAGAAACACUAGCGAUGCUAGAGGACGAGAAUACGGAUCAAUUUGGUGAGACUUUCUUGAAGGAUAGGAAGGUGGGAACGGAGGUGUUUGAUGAGUUUAUCAAAGUCGACACAUCUUCUGCUCAAUUCGAUGGCGAUAUACAACAGAAAACCGAAUACCCCUCCCCGAUCGACCUGGCCAUCCAUCUACUCGCCGACAUCCUUAGACGGGGAUUGUCCGAUCGAGCUCAAAUCGUUCGCAUCUCACCUUCUCUUGCCUCCCCUUCUACAUUGGAAAUCGGCGUUAUAUUCAACCCCGAACACGCCAACCGAGUGAUCGACAUUGGGCCUUCAUCGAACUCAUCUCAGGCUGCUGCUGCCGAGGGAUUCAGAGCAUUAUGGGGUAGCAAAGCUGAAUUGCGAAGAUUCAAGGAUGGAAGUAUAUCUGAAUCUGUCGUGUGGGAUAUCACCCGACCUGAAGAAGCCACGUUGAUACCUUGUAAAAUCGUCAAGUACCUCUUGGGCCAACAUUUCCAGAUACCCGAAGAGGAUGUUCGAUGUUUAUCUUCGGAUUCAACUUGGCAAGAUAUCAUCCAAGUCCCAGCUUCGGUGAGACAUGCGAUCAAUGUUAGUGGAAGUGAGAAACAAGGAUUCCGACCUGUUCUAUCAGCUUAUGAGGAACUGUACAAAAUUCUGAAAGAUUUCGAUACGGAGUUACCUUUAUCCAUCUUGAAUGUCAACCCUUCUUCGGAGUUGUUGAGGUACUCGUCGAUAUACGUACCUCAUCCUAUCGAUGUCAACCGAAUCGCCACUGCCCCGGUAUGUAUUGCGCAUAUCCCAUCGGUGGACGUGGUAGUCCAAUUCGAAUCCUCACCCAAAUGGCCCGAUGAUCUAGCAGCAAUCCAAAAUGUCAAAUUGGCCUUGUUCGAGAAAUUGGCUCGAGUCCUACAAGGUAAAUUACCGAGAUCGCGAAUCAACAUCCUGUUUGAUAGCGUAAGAAGGGAUAGUUCAGAGAUCGAAGAUUCAUCAUCCCUGGAAGUGUUGAUGAACCUGGGAAUAGCAUUCAGGUUGAAGAUCCAUUACGAGAAAGAGCGGGUAUUGUCAGAACGGAUCAUUCAGGAAGAUCGAAAACCUUUGGCUGCAUUGGCUGGAACUCAGUUACCCAGACCAUCAAUCAAGCUUGCUAUACCUGCUUUGGAAAAACAUCUAUUCUUGUUCAAUCACAAAACCCAGCAUCAUCAAGCUGUCAUACCGCUGCAUCACAAGUACCCCUCUUAUUCUACCGCUACGAGGUUAUUGAAGAAAUGGUUCUCUUCUCACAUGCUUUUAGGUAUACACGUCUCGAUCGAAGUGGUAGAGUUGAUCAUGGCUAAAUUGUAUCUCGACACCAACUCGCUUCAAAGACCUAGCUCAGCCACCAAUGGAUUUGUAAGAGCGAUGUGUCUUUUGGUCGAAUGGGAUUGGAAGAACGAUCCGCUUUUCGUGCCUAUCUUCUCUGUGAAGAACACCGCUGCAACGGAUGCAGGCGGAAGAAUCAGAUUCCCCGUUGAGAAGAGACAAGAAGCGAUCAAGGCCUUUGCAAUACUAAGGAGUAAAGAUAAUUCCUGUACAAACAGUCACCAACACGGAUGGGUCGUAUACACCGAAGAAGACGAUAGUGGAUUAAGGUGGACCAAGGGGGUGAAUAAGGUGAUUGCAUCUAGGAUAUCGCAGUUGGCGAAAGCCACUUUGACAGCUAUCAAGACUGGUACGAUAGAUGGUGGACUGGAUGUAAAAUCACUCUUCAUCACCCCAUUAGAUCACUACGAUUUCCUACUACACCUUUUGCCCUCCACGACAACCAAAUACUAUCAGAACAUCCAAGCCAAUCCUGAAGAAUGGGAAUCCAAGUUGAAAUACCGUAAUCUCCAUUCCGCUUCUCCGGACGGUGCUGGUGUGAAGAUAGGAUUUAAUCCUGCUGAAAGUUUCGCCCAGGAUUUGAUCAGGACCUAUGGAGAUUCGAUCUUAUGGUUCUACGAUUGUUCUGGCGGAGCCGUAAUAGCUGGUAUUUGGAAUCCACAAAAGGAUAGUGCGAGGGCAUUGAAAGCUUUCUUGGGAUAUAAUAGUAAACCUACCGAAUCUGAUUCUGCUCUGGUGACGAUCAAUAAAGAUGCGAUUCUAGCCGAGAUAGCGAGGUUGGGCAAGGGGAUGAUAGAGAGGGUAGAUAGGCGUAACUGA